CGCACCACUACGAUAUUCCAAUGUGAAUUAUAGUUAUGUAAAUAUUGGUAUCACAUCUCGUCUGUUUCUUUUAAUUUUCCCGUCAAAUGUAUGCAAAUGACGGAGGACGAGCCGCAGCUCCGAGCUUCAAAAUGGCGAAUCGCAGUAAGGAACUGGAAGACGAGAUUUACGACAAGGUCGUGGAUCUGACUGAGUACGCCAAACGUCAGCGAUGGUGGAACCGGCUGUUCGGGAAGAACUCUGGACCCAUAGCAGAAAAGUAUUCUGUUGCCACGCAGAUUGCCAUAGGAGGAGCGAGCGGAUGGUGUGCAGGCUACCUCUUCCAGAAGGUUGGAAAAGUGGCGGCUACAGCUGUAGGAGGAGGUCUGCUGCUGCUCCAGAUCGCUAACAACAGCGGCUACAUCCAGGUGGACUGGAAGAGAGUGGAGAAGGAUGUCGGCAAAGCUAAGAAGCACAUGAAAAAGGGAACAGAAAAGGAGCUAAACACAUUUUUUGAAAAGUCCACAGAGUUUGUGAAGAAGAACAUUGUGGUCACCAGCGGCUUCGUUGGAGGCUUCCUGCUGGGCCUGGCGUCAUAAGCUGAUCCUCUCCACUCCAAAUCAGCGCUGAGGAGAGCGGGUCAAGGUUUCUCACUGGCAGGGGUUGCUUUAGAAAUAAAUGCUGUUCUUUUUUUGAUUCAUGGAAGCACUAUAUGUGAUGAAAGCUGAAGGAAUGGGUUUGAUGUAUGAAGGCUUUCAUUUUUAACUAAGUUAUGUUCUCCAUCAACUUUUCUGGUGGAUUUUUUUAAAAUCACAGGAAAGAUGUGUAAAAGAGGAACCCGUUCAGAGCCUCCAAACUGUUACUCGACUAAAUGAUUCCAGUCACACGGAUGAUUGCAUUUUCAAAUCAGAGUCAACCAGAAUGCUUUCUAUUUAUUUGCACCUAACAGAUAUUAUUCCAAAUGUUUGCACUCCGUCUCUGCUGUUUGGCAGAGACUCUGUCCCUUCACCAGUUCUCCAAAAUCUCCAUUGGGUCUGCAGACACUUCAUGUAAAGUGAUUGAUGGGUCACGUCUGCCUGCUCUGCCUCUUGUUUGUGUAUUUCUGUUGUUAUGAUGAAGACUGAAGACUGUGGUAACCUUAUCAACCUAAAUAAAAAUCUCAAACAUGUAAAA